AUGGCAUCCUCUUCGUCGUCUCCGACGUUCCUGACACCGGAGCCUAAAGGCACCCCACCGCAGGUCGAGACGACAUGCAGCUCCGAAGGAGCCAUUGACGACGGCGAUGACGGCUUUGAGUUGCCUGAGUAUGCUGUCAAGAGAAAACGGCAAGGAACGGAAGCGGACAGACGUGAAAUGUCUGCUCUGGGGCGAGUGCAGCAACUACGGCGAAACUUCCACUUCCUAUCCAUAGUCGGCCUCGGUUGUACCCUCAUCGCCACAUGGGAGGUGCUGUUGACGACGAUCACAUCGGUACUUACCAACGGAGGAACGGCUGGUGUCAUCUGGGGCUUUAUUGUCGUGGUCUUUGGGUUCGCCUUCGUUUACAUGUCAAUUGCGGAGAUGGCAAGUAUGGCACCAACGAGCGGCGGGCAAUACCACUGGGUCUCAGAGUUUGCGCCGAAGCCUGCGCAGAAGUUCUUGUCUUACAUUGUAGGCUGGCUCUGCUUCACUGGCUGGCAGUGUGCUAUUACAUCGAUCACAUACCUCGCGGGAACCGUCAUACAAGGCUUGAUCGUUCUGAACAACCCUGGAUAUGUCUUCCAGAACUGGCACGGGACACUUUUAGUCAUCGCAGUGGCCACAUUCGCAAUCAUUUUCAAUACGGUCUUGGCCAAGCGUCUACCACUGGUCGAGGGCCUUCUUCUAGUACUUCAUGUCCUUGGACUCUUCGCGAUCAUUAUCACGCUUUGGGUGCUGGCCCCGACCGCCAAUGCCAAAGACGUGUUCACAACAUUCACCAAUGCUGGCGGCUGGAACUCCGAAGGGACCAGUUUCAUGGUCGGACUGCUAAGCCCCAUGGUAUCGAUGAUUGGUUUCGACUGCGCGGUGCAUGUGAGCGAAGAGGUCAAAGAUGCUGGACGAACGGUACCGAAAGCUAUGCUCUGGUCAGCGGGAUUCAACGCCUGUUUGGGAUUCGUCAUGGCAGUCACGAUGUGCUUUACCCUGGGCGACGUGGACUCUAUUCUCAAUUCUGCUACAGGAUGCCCUUUCAUCCAGGUCUUCUACAACGUCACAGAAUCAUACGCUGGAGCAUCGAUUUUGACAGUUAUCGUCAUACUCACGCUGUGCGCCUCGGCCAUUGCUGAGAUCGCAACGGCUUCGAGGCAACUGUGGUCUUUUGCCCGAGACCGAGGAAUGCCUGGGCAUCACUGGCUCGCUCACAUUACUCCCGGAUGGAACAUACCACUCAACGCGGUUCUGGUCAGCUUGCUCGUGACAAGCCUGCUGUCGCUUAUCAACAUUGGUUCUUCCGCUGCAUUGAAUGCAAUUCUGGCAUUAACGACCGUCAGCCUUCUGACAUCGUACAUUAUCGUCAUCGCAUUGGUCCUGCUGAAACGGAUUCGAGGGCAACCUUUGCCGCACCGACGAUGGAGCCUAGGAAAAGCUGGAAUGGCAGUCAACAUCAUUGCAAUCUGCUGGCUGCUGGCUGUAUAUGUCUUCAUGUUCUUCCCAACAGCAACACCAACAGAUGCUGAAGGAAUGAACUGGGCCAUUGUCAUGUUUGGCGGGAUCAUGAUCAUAGCGACGGGCUACUACUUUUUCAGAGGACACAAGCACUACGUGCCGCCAGUCUCGCUGGUGAAGAGGGAGGAAUAUAUGUACCAGGAUUGA